UUCCAGCGUGGUGCCUGGUUCGAUCUCUUUCUUGCGGAAGCAUUGAUCGAACUACAAAAUGGAAACACUGUAAAUGAUAUAGUUUCGUUAACAAGCUACAACAUAGCUGCACUGAUUGCGAAUGAAAUAGUAUCAGAUAUAAAAACAGUAUGCACACAACAGACAGAUGCGGAGGACCUGAGUCUCCUGAGGGAGCACCUGCUGUCGGGGAGAGGCUGGAGGGGUCUUGCCCUUCUUCAUGCGAUUGGUGUACAGGAUGUAACUUGUGGUGUGGAUCUAGCAGGACUUUUAAUUUCUGCAUACAAUAUCGUAGAUGGCAAAGAAACAAAAGAAAAAAAUCCGUAUGUGAUAGAAAAGUCAGUUCCACCAAUUGAACAAGUAUGUCGUUUUCGCAUACCAGUACGCCAUAAGCCACGUUCAUUUUCUCAUUCAAGUGGAAUAGAGGGAAGUCCACCAUCUAGAAAGAUAAGUACUUCUUCUUCCGUCCACACGAAAAGAUCUCUAGUCAAACAAGAAAGGCAAAAGAAUUCCUCUGAAUCGGAUACACUUGAAAAUGAAAUUCAUAAAUCAACAAUCUCUGUAAAAAUACGCCUUGACCCAAUGGAUUUUGAUUACUUUACAUCUAUUGUGAGAAGUGAUGAUGAUGAGAAAAAGAAUAGCUCAUCUUAUAAACCUGACCACUCGAAGAAAGAAAUUCUUAUGGAUAGGAUUAACAUUUUGAACCAGUUGCAUUUAAAAAUUAUGGAAUCCUUAAUUGUUUUAACCGUGGAAUCACCUUACUCUGGAAAUCCAGGUGGUGUAUAUAACCUGAAGGAGAAACUUAAGAAGGUUGUAGAGGGAGGUGUUGGCCUUCGUGCUGUCUGUGAUCUGCUUAUUAGAAGUGCUGGUGCUACUGCCAGCAAAAAGACAAUGAUACCAACCCAUCCUAUGCCUAAGUUGGAGAGUUUCGAAGUCAGUCUUGCCAAUUCAUUAGAAGAAUGUAAUUCGGAAUCUUCAAUCGAAAACUCAGCUGAUGAAGGUUAUGAUGCUGACGUUGAUGCUCCACAUCAAAUACAGCUAGCAGUUCUUGAAUUAUUUGGUUAUCUUGCUAGACAUUGUAUUCAGCCUCAAGAACUGGCGAUAUUUAUAAAGUAUUUUAUCAGCGACAAGCCUCCACUGAAACUAUUGCUUCCUUGCCUCAUCAAGUUAAUGAGCAAUAAUGGCCUACAACCUAGACAUACUAUUAAUUUCCCUAAAGAUUAUUCUAAUUUGAAUGUGGCAUCUUCAACAGCAGCCCACAAGCUGGGGUUGACUCUCCAUCAGCAACACAUGUCUUUAGGUUUGACCAGCUGCUGGUCGAGAGCUGCUAUUAUGUUACCUUUAAAUGCUGAACUUGGUUGGGCUAUGUGGGUUCAAGGAUUUUCCCUAUCCUUAUGGAUUCGAAUUAAUCCUUCAUCGAUGUCUUAUAACUUAGAUGAAAGUGAAUGCUAUGCAGACAGCACAAGCUCCGAGAGCGGCCAUAGUUCGGGCUUGGACGAUAUUAAUAUUGAACACCUUCUUCAUAUCAUAUCAAUCGGUUAUGAAGCAUUAGUAUUGGAGUUUUGGGCAGAUGGACAGAGAGAACUUCUCCAUAUAAGACUGACAAGACCAGAUGGUUCCAAGUAUGAAGUUCUUUCUGAAGCCUCUUUGGAAGGAAGACUUCCUCCUUUAUCUUGGCAUCACCUUGCUAUUUCGGUUCAUGAUUCUGUUCAUGGUGGAAAAGUUAUUAUAGAGGUUACCCUUAUUAUUGAUGGAUGGUGUGAAAUACAAGUGCCACUUUCUUUUAAAGGAUUACUUGUAAGAAAGUCAAGGCCUACAUUAGUGGCUAUCGGAGAUACUAAACAGAAGAUUUCGUGCUCUUGGGACCUUGGUGGUCUCUUGAUGUUUCGACGCCCCGUGUUAGAAAAGUCGAAUGCUAUUUGGCUGACUGCACUUGGUCCUAAUAUAAGCACAGUUACACAGGCAAGGGUCGGAAACUCAAAACCUUUGUGGCAAAAGGAUGUAAUGCUGGUUAGCUAUUGCCCCAUGUUUCCGGAAUCAAUAAAUGUAUAUCCGCUUGCAUCAGCAACUUUAGGUAUUGGGGCUGGCUUCCGAGUAAUGACGGUAGAACAAAGAAGCAGUCAGUUGGUACCAAUGUCAGUUGGUAUAGUUGCUUUCUGUAAGGCAGCUUCCACGAAGUAUUGUUCGGUACCAAUGGCCGUUGACUGUCUAGGUGGCCCAGCUGUAGUUGAGAUUGGUGGAACAGAAAUUGAACAAGCACACGCUUUAGAGCUGUAUUUAAGGUUGAUACAACAAGAUCCAAACUUAAAAAUGCAAUCAGAAGGAUUUAACCCUCUUGUUUCAGCUGUUCUCGAAUCUCCGUUGGCCUCAACAGGUGGAUUAAUGCUUAAGGCCAUUCUAGAUACUUGCUGUGAUAAGCCAGGCAUUAUUGUUACUUGGGGCGAUGAACUUAGUGUCAGCAACGAAGGUGACUUCGUUUUGACUGAUCCAGAAACCUUAGUUUCUUUAAUUCUUUCAUCGUCAACUUCUUGGUCGACGAAUACUCUCCAGCUCUUUCUGAAAUCACUUCUUUCUUUACUAAGAGAUGAUCAUCCCCACAGAGAAUUCAAUUCUGCUCAGCUAAAUCGUGCUUAUGCCUUAGAAGCCAUAUUGUAUUUCUGCAAAGAAAGGUUAGUUGAAGAAAGAAGUGCUCUUGAUGAUGAGCUUUGUAACGCCCUGGUGGAUGUUACCCGUGGAUUGAUGACUGCUCCUCCGCAGCUAUCGCACGUUACCGCUAUUGCUGAUUAUUUGUUGUUGGCGCAUCCUGCCCAUGCAACAUACAUUUCUCAUGCUCGUUCUAGUUUAUACUUUGUACUUCCACAUCGCCCUCCACCCAAAAAUAAAAGGCGAAGGCGUUCUAUGUUGCUAGGAAACAGGAAUCUUAGUUUGUUUGGUGCUGUUGUCGAUGUAAAAGAAUAUCGAGGGUUUUUUACUCAACCUGUAGAUGCUGGAAAAUUAAAUAUAGCACUUAAUAAUCUUCAGGUUAGAAAGAAAAUAGAAAGCAUUGGUAAAGAGUCGUUUGAUAGUACAGGUAGUAAGACAGACGAUUCUGGUAUUAAUGAAUCCUGCAAGGGUUAUACUGAAGGAUCUUUAGUUACUCAAGAUUGUGAUGAAUUGAGUAAUACAUCAGCAAACACCUAUUUCCAACAGAAGGGGACUGAAAUGGAUGUUGUCUCUGAUAAUUCUUCGAAUGCGACUGAUGAUGAUGAUAAGUACAUCAAUGACAAUAUGACUGAAGACAGUCACGAAAGCGAAGAUGCUAUUCGUAUUGGUCUCCUAGAACUACUCAGGGAUCAGAUAUUGGUCACUCCAGAUAGUAUAGCUCAUACUGCUCUCCCUAAUGUUCUUAGUCCAGAAGCAUUUAUCGUCAUGGCAAAUCAUUCCAAUAUAUCUGUUAUUACUGCUGUUGUUCAAGUCUUGGGAGCAUAUUUAGAUCGAGCCAACAAUGAAGAGAGAGCUCGUUUCAUAAAAGAUCGAGGUUUUUAUCUUCUCGCAAUGCAGCUUAGUCAUGUGAUACCAACAAUAGAACUUGCUGAAGCUCUUGCUAGUAUUGUUACAAUGAGUCGUUGCUUACCAUUGAGUCUUCAAUUGGAUGGCGAUGUUUUAGAGACUACGUUACCCGGAAUAGUACCACUUCUUAGUUUGAUCCCAAGAUCUGUAUCUGAUAUUCCUCUUGCCCAUAAUAUAAUUGUAUUUGCACACAAUGUUUUUUUAAAGGUUAAUGAUUGGAAGGGCCUACUUGAAUUUGGGCUUGUUGAAGCCUUACUCAAAUCUUUAGUUUCACUUAUGCACCAGAAAAGUGAUGUUUUGAAUGAUGUUUGUACUUUAAAUGAUAUUAUAUAUCAAAUGGAAUAUGUGCACAAAGUGGAAGUUAAUAAUUGUGGUUCUAAUUCUGCUUGUUCUGAAGCUAUAAAAUCAGCUCAUUGCUUUCUGUUGAAGUCAGCUAUGAAAUCCAUCACCGAAAUAAUUAAUUCCCACACAGUUAAACCAUCAUUUUUUUCCUCAGUAAUUUCAUUGAGCAGCGAUGAUUAUGAAUCUCAAAAAACUUCAAGUUCAACCAGUAUUAAUACCAUAGCGAAAUUGUCAAAAUCCGAUUUAGCCGACAGAUUUAAAAUUGUAGUCACCAAAGCAACUGAAUUUGUAGUAUACGCAGAGCCUGUGAAUGAAGAUAAUUUAAACUUGAGCCCUGAAAUGCAGAAGGUUGGUGACUUUGUAAAGGAAGUUUGGAGCUACCUUCUUCAGGCCAUCGUUACGGUUAUUGAAAGAAAAAGUGUGGCCUCACGUAGUUCUUGGUCGAAUGCCGUUUGGGCGAACAAAGAUACAUUACGAGCUCUUGCUUCACAGAUGUUUCUUUGGCUUUUAUCUCCUACUCACAGCGACAAAUUAAAAAUGUUUGCUAUAUCAUCAAUACUAAAUGAGCCCAGGUCGAAAGAUAUAUUGAUAUUCAUCUUGAGUACUUCUCAGUUAGAAAAAUCUCUUGCAUAUUUCCUGUGGGAUUUAAAAUAUGGGGGUGGUUUGACCAAUUCCCAAGAUCAAAGGGUCUUAGACGAGUUUGGUAGUAAGCUUGAGGAAUGGUGUACAUCUUACGUCCUUGGUAUUGUUACUGGGGAGGUGGAGGCUGGUGAAUACGCUAGGGAAGCAGUCGCUGAAGCUGUAGCUUCGAGAGGGGCAUGGAGGCUUCAACGACAAUCACAAAUUCAAAAGGCAGUAUAUCACCAUGAAUCUCUUGCAAAAGAGGUAUCAGAACGUGCUAUGGGUGUUACCAAAGAAGUUGAAUCAAGUCAAAGUCACCAACGAAAGUUAUUGAUGGAAAGCAUUAAAAAUGGCUUUGGAUCAAAAGUUCAAGCAGUAUUCAAGUGGCGUGAAGUAAUUAAUAUGCUUACACAUCAAGAGGCUGUGUGGCAUUUUCCAGAUUCUUAUCCACAAUCUUGGGAACUGGAUCCUACUGAAGGUCCAGCAAGGAUCAGGAACAGAUUAAAAAGAUGCCAUUUAGAAAUUGAAGAUAGAUACUUUAGACCGGAUAUAAUUUUAGCAAUGGGAAAAAGUAGAAAUACACCUCUAAAUUACAUCUUUGAAGCAAACGUUUCUACUAGUGCUGUCUUGAUUGACAGACUACAUUCGAACAAUAAGAUCAGACAUAUGUGUAAAGCAAGCGUUAUAACUCCUGAUAAGGCCACCCCAGGUGAACUUCUCAUCGGCCAUUGCUCUUUGUAUUUUGUUCCGAGUUCAGAUGAUAAUACUAAGGAAUGGGCUUUUGAACAAAUAAAGGAAUUACAUCGCAGGAGAUUUGAGCUUCAAGAAAGAGCAUUAGAGAUAUUUCUUUUGAAUGGAAAAACAUUUUUCAUGGCCUUCGAAUCAACCAAGGAAAGAGAUACAUUCAUGAGCGCCCUGUUGGACUGUGAGCUGUGCAACCGUGUCGCUAAUGAGCCUCUCGGAGAUGCUGUAGAAUUGUGGCGAGAAGGACACCUCACCAAUUGGCACUACCUAACCAUUCUUAACACUCUCUCUGGAAGAUCUUACAAUGACCUAAUGCAAUAUCCUGUGCUGCCGUUCGUUCUUGCGGAUUACACAAGUGAAGUUCUGGACUUGGAAGACCCCAAAUCUUACAGAAAUCUCAUUAAACCCAUGGCCAUCCAAGAACAGAAAAAUGAACAGCAUUAUAUCAAUAAUUAUAAUGAUAACAAUUUUGAUUGGCCAGAUCGUACUUUUCAUUCUCUUCAUACAACUUGGAGGUUGACAAGUUCAGAAUCGGCUACAGACGUUAAAGAAUUGAUACCUGAGUUUUUCUUUCUUCCAGAAUUCCUUUGUAAUCACGAGCAUUUUGAUUUUGGAAUAAGACAGAGUGGUGAAAAGGUCGAUAAUGUUGUCUUGCCACCAUGGGCUUCUAAUCCUCGCCUUUUUAUCUUGAUACAUAGACAGGCAUUGGAAUCAGAACAUGUACACGAAUUCCUCCCGCACUGGAUUGAUCUAGUUUUUGGAUAUAAGCAAGUUGGUAAAGCUGCUAUAGAUUCAAUUAACGUCUUCCACCCUGCCACUUACUAUGGCUUCGAUCCUGAAUCGAUCGAAGACCCUUUGCUGAGAAAAGCUUGGCAAACAAUGGUUAGGAUGUAUGGCCAGACUCCAAAACAACUGUUCCGUGCACCACAUCCUUUGGUUGUCCAGUGUUUGGAUCCAAAGAAAAAUGUACCGCAAGUGAUACCUAGUGUAAAAGGUCUAAGCUGGGGUCAUUAUGUUGGCUCGCCUGCUGAAUCUCACCCUACAAUUAUUUGGCAAGGAUCCCAUCACACUUCCAUAUCAACCCUGAUUGCACUUCUCUCGAAUGAUGUUUUCGGUCUUGCCACCAACACUGCUCUCCUUCUCUCUUAUACGAAAGAAUCUACGCUUAAUCUUGUUGUGAAUGGUGGAACAUCAGUCCUAGGUGCUGCUCUGAUUUCAUGGGGACACGGUGAUGGAGUUGUGAGAGCAAAGUUAAGAAAAGAACAAAUUCCCUUCCCUGCUGUAUCCAAUGUUCCUGGAGACACUAUAGCUCUGUGUACUUCGGUACCUGAUUCAAAUCAGCUGUGGGUUGGCUACGCUUCAGGAAAAAUUCAUGUUUAUAUGUAUAAAUUUGAUGGAGGAGGAGGAAGUUUAGAAAUAAACGAUGAAUGGACAACCCUCGCUGGUCAUCGAGCAACCAUUACAGGAAUUGCUCUUUCGAGAGGUUUCUCUCUGUCCGUUUCAAUUGCUGAUGAUGGAUCUGGAAUUUUGUGGGAUAUGAAUACUCUAUCGUAUGUCAGAUCUCUUCCUCGCCAUCCCAAUAAAAUGAGUCUUGUAUCCAUCUCUGAGACGCUAGGUGAUAUUGCUGUUGUUUCCGAUGAGGGAACUGUGUUGAGCUUGUAUAGUGUAAAUUGUGAAUUGGUUGGCUCUGUAACUACCGAAGAAGAGAUUACAUCUAUCACAUUUUCAUGUGCUCCUGAGGGGCGCUCUGUGAAUGUUGUUGCUUGCGGAAUGGCAGAUGGAUCAAUUAGCUUGGCUUAUUCCCAUGAUUCGCAGCAUCUUUACGUAUCGUCAAGCCAAGGGCAAGUUGUGAUUUGGCAAGGUUCAAAUAGUAAAUCCUAUUCCAAAAUGCCGAGAUUUCUCAAUUUGACGUCUUUACUGUAACAAAAUAUUAUCAAUUUAAAUCUGUACUAUUUUAAGGAUUGAUUUAAGUGACAUUUCACUACAACAGUAUUUCAAAGUUAUAUUAGAUUUGUAUAAUCAUAAAAUUAUGGAGAAAAAAAGCAAUUCAGAAUAAGCCAAAUCACUUUAACAUUAAAACGAGCAGUUUUUAAAUUAAGCGUAUUUGUAAUUUUUAAUCAUUAUUAACUUAUUCGUUACAUUUUAAAAUAAUCAUUAUUGUUAUGUAAAAAUGUUUUAUUCAUUGUUAUUAAUGCAAUUAAAGAAAACAUUGUUUCUUCUAUUAUGUUCGUUUAUAUCAAAUCAGAUAUUAUUUAUGUUAUUAUUAUUAUUGUCAUAUGUUUUACUCUAUGAAAGGAGAAGAUAAAGGUAAAGAAAAAGCCUAUUAAUAAGAUAUUUGUUGUUAUUUGAAUUUUUUUUUAUAUAUCAAUUAGUUUAAAUUUAUAUUUCAAUUAGGUUGUAAAUAAGAACCAAUUUUUAUGUAUAUGUUGUUUGUAUGCCUACUUUAUUAAUUUUAAUGUCAUAAUAUAAGUGUUUCAAUCUUUAUAUAUUAUAAAUAAAUCGGAUCAUUUAUAAAUGCGAUGAACUUGUGAUACGCUGUACAGUUAUUUGAAAAAAAAAAGUUCCUGAUCUCAAAUGUUAAGUACUUAAUUAUGUUUGUAUAUAAUGGUGUUGAACUAUCUUUAUAUUAAAACAGUUUUAUCUAUUCUUGUUAUCGUUAGGAGAAUAUUAAUAUAGAUGAAUUAUAUACCUGUAUAUGAAUAAGUUUCAAUAUUUUUAUAUAUGUAAAGUAAUUAUAUAACUUAAUAAUGUUCAAAUGUAAAUACUAGAAAUGAGUGAAUAUACUUUUAAUCAACGAUAUUAUAAUUAACUUUUAUACAUUUGUAUAAAUCAUUAAGUGGUUUAAUGAAUAAUUUUAUAUAUAAAUAAUUAUAUUUAGCAAACAUAUUUUUUGUAACAAGGAAUAUUAUAAAUAUAUACAAUAUUUUUAAUACACAAAUGUGUUUCUAUGCCUUACUUAAGUUAUAUCUUAUUUUUAUGAUGCUUGUUAGGUGCUAAUAAUCUUUCAUACAGAAUUAGUUGAAUUCCUUUUUAAAGAAUAAAU